CAUUACUAUUCCUCCAUGAUAUUCUGACGGCAGAACUACUACCUUGCUUACAACACGUCAUGCCGAGUCGCAACUUCUGCGCCUUCGUCAAGCGGCCGAGCAACCAAGCUGCACUACCUGCCCUUGGCUUCCACCACAAGUCACCAUCUCGAAGAUGAGCAACGCGAUGGCUCUCCCCGAGCAACUCAUAUACCUAAUUAUCCGCUUCACAGCGUCUGUGCCUGACUUGCCACUGUCCAUAAACACGCCAAGAACAACGACUACGCUGUCCCUCAAGCAGCUCAUCCGACAAACCCUACCGCCUAACCACGCCUCCGCGCGACUACGGUUGAUAUACGCAGGCAAAGUCCUCGCUGACACUUCUCCGCUGUCUACAUCUUUGAGGCUAGCGCCACCCCCGCGUCCUCCGCCGCGCGAUGGAUCGUAUGAUGAGAAUGGGACGGGACGCAAGAGUAAAGGGAAACAGCCGUUGCGGGAGACUCCAUCGGUGGAGUAUGGUACAACUGCAGACAUACCAUCUGAGGCGAAGAAGUACUACAUACACUGCUCUCUAGGCGAUGCGCUGUCCCCGUCCGAACUCGCCAGCGAAGCCACCCUUGCGCAAAACACCGAGAUAGCGCUGAAGUCACAGUACGAAACGUCGCCAACGCGGCGCCGUACCAGCAGCAUCAGCGCAACUGAGAGCGACGAUGCCCGACGAAGACGGAGCUCAACAACCACGGCACCCCAACCGCAAGCCCAAGGCUUCGACCGCCUCUUGUCCUCUGGCUUCACAUCCGCCGAAGUAGCGUCCCUCCGCUCACACUUCCAAACCAACCUCUCCUUUACCCACACGCCCGACACCAUGCCGUCUCCUGCACAAAUGCGCGUGCUCGAAGACCAGUGGCUGGACAGCUCUGCCAACGACCCGUCUGCCUCUCUCGCUGGCUCGGAUGGAACUGGCACUGGGGACGCUGGGUGGGGCGCGGGCUUUGCUGUGGAAGAGGGUGGAUUAGAUGACAUGUUGUGGGGGUAUAUGACAGGCUUCUUUUGGCCCCUGGGGAGCUUGGUGUGGGGAUUUAGAGAAGAAGGGGUAUGGACUAGAAGGAGACAGGUGGCUGUUGUUAUGGGGGUGUUGAUCAACGCAGUCUUCGGGUUUAUGAGGUGGAGUGCUUAGGAGGCAACGAGUCGGACUGAACUAUAAGAGGUUGGUUGCACCAGAACGUGUUAUGAUUCAGGAGUGAUACUGUAUUGCUCUUAUUUUUAAGAACUAGACAUGGUCUUCGUCUGAAUAUGACUAUCACUUUUUUUUGUUAAUAAAGGGACUUCACAGAUGAUGACAUGGAAUCUCUCGGCACAUCUUAGGGCUAGAAUAACUUUGGUUAUCCCAUGCUAUCACUAACUGUGCAUUCACCAAGGCGUCAUCGAAAACAUAUUUCAAGGAAUGAUCAUUACAUUAACUACUGGGC